AAAAGCAAAUGGGAGCAGAUUACCCUGAAUCAUCCAUUUCAAAAAAUGCUGAUGUAGAAAAUUAUGGCACAGUCAAUGAACAUCAGAUCCAAAAACAUCUAGAAGGCAAGCCUUAUGGUGUUCAAAAAGUGUAUCUCAUGAAGACACUUGGUAACAAAUGGGAUAGAAUGCUGACCAUUUUUGGUAUCGUUGCUAUUGCCUGGGCAAAAAAUUGGGAAGGCAAUGUGAUCGCUACUGCCUCGUCCUAUAUUACCAGUGCUUUCAACUCAAUGAAUUUGGCAGCUCUUCUUAACGUUGUUCUGUACGUUCUUGAAACAGUCCUGCUGCCAUUCUAUGCAAAGUUUGCUGAUAUGGUCGGCAGAACUGAAGCCUUUGUUAUCUCUAUUUUCUUUUAUAUUUUAUCUGGUGUAGUUCAAGCCGUAGCACCCAACAUGGACACUUUAGUUGGCGGUCAAGUUAUUUAUGCCUUGGGCAUCACCGGUGUGUCCAUUCUUGGCCACGUUCUGAUUGCAGAUAUCACCACUGCUGUCAACCGUGGUCUAUUCCAAGCGUUUUACGAUUUACCUGCCAUUGUCAACAUCUUUGUUGCUCCUAUUGUCGGAAAAGCCCUUGUGGAAGCAGGCGCUUGGAGAUGGUCUUAUUCUAUGAUCUGUUUCUGUAUUACUGCCACUUCUGUGCCUUUGUUGAUCGGUCUUUUCCGUCUUGAAAAAACCGUCAAAAAGUCCCACCUUUUACCACCAAGACGUGAUGAACACUCAGGCAAGACUUUUAUGGAAAAGGCGCGCUGGUACUGCACUGAGCUCGAUGCUAUUGGAAGUUUGCUCUUUGUGGGUGCCCUUUGUAUGAUCUUGCUUCCUCUUGUACUUGCUUCAACUUGGGGUGGCUGGAAUACUCCUCGUACCAUCGGCUGUCUUGUAGCUGGCGUUAUCACAUUUAUCAUCUUUUGUGUCUAUGAAAAGUUCUUUGCCGUAAAGUCAUUUAUUCCCAUGGGCAACUGGAACACGUUGACCCCUAUCGCUGGUGUACUCUGUUGUGCUAUGGUCACCAUCUUUCAUACUUCCAACUGGACCUAUCAUAGCAUCUAUCUUCAAGUCACUCGUAGAUUGGACGUGGACAUUGCCACUUAUAUUGAUAUGAGCUAUCACGCCGUUUUCCUCAUCUCUCAAGUGCUUUCAGGUUACAUGAUGAAGCACUUCAAGGUCUAUAGACCUAUUGUCUUUGCUGGCAUCGGCUUAAAAAUGAUUGGUAUCGGCCUUAUGAUCCCUGCUCGUUUUCCCACUUCUCCUACUGCAUUUGUCGUCAUCACCCAAGUCAUCGCUGGCUUCGGUGCAGGUUGGGUCUAUGUUCCCAUCUUGGUUGCUGUCCAAAGUUCUGUCCCCGUCGCAGAUAUUGCUAUUGUUACUGCUAUGUUCCAGAUUGGUGGUACCAUUGCUACCAGUGUAGGCUCUGCUAUUGCCGGUGCUGUCUGGAAUGGUAUGCUCCCCACUGAACUUGCCAAGAACGUACCUGGUGAAUACGACCUUGCUCGUCUCCUUGGUGAUAUCACAUACAUCAAUGCACUUCCAGAAGAUCAACAUGCGGGUACCGUUCUUUCUUAUGGUAAUGUUCAAAGAAUCUUAUCUAUCGUUUCCCUUGGUCUUUCUGUUUUGUCUUUUGUCUUUUUUCUCGGCAUGCGAGGCUUUAACCUUACAGAAGGAGAGGAGGAACAGGAAAAUGAUGUACAUAAUGAAACAACUGAAACUGAUGCUCAAAAGUCAUAA